AUGCUGGACGAAAACUUGUCAUGUUUGUUAGACGAGAGCGAUGACGACAGCUCUGGACAAAAUGAAAUCAAAAGGAAAAAGCAAGAGCUACGCGAGAAGAGCAGAAACGUGGCCAAUGAGAGUGGUGCAGAGUUUUUCCCGACGUCUAUCCUAAACUUUAACAUUCGCAACAUAGAGAAUUUGGAUAAUUUUUUUAAAAACAAUGGUGAGUUCAGCAGUGUUGCACACCAUAAAGCCGCGACAAUGGGCACCGCUUCGCGCGCGUCGGCUUCGUUACCGUCAAAGGGAGAAGGCGACCACAACGGAAACGCCUUCAACAGGAGAAAUGAUCAACUGAGGGGAAAUUCGAACAGUAAGAAUUCUGUGCAUAGAAAGAAUGGAGCAAUCGCAGAAGGGAACGCUGCAAGGGUGGUGGACAACGAUACAUGCAGUGAGCGGAAUGGAAGGUUCGGUAGCCACUCUUUAAAUUACUUCCCACCCCUAGAAAUUGAGAAGCAAGAAAUUGUGAAAAGGAAAAAUCUGGAGGCUUCUUCCCAGGGAAGCACUAGGAUUUUACACACACACACUGGGCAAGCGAAACAUGACAUCAGGAGUGGCCAGUUAACCGAGGGGAAUCUUGGGGUGAUGAAAUAUACGAUCGACAGGAAUGAUGCCCAUUUAAGGGAAAACACAGACGCGCGUGAAGGGAAGGCGACCAAGCUGAUGGCUUCCUCGACCAACGUGUACACUGAACUGUUCAAACCAGGCGAAGAGGGAAACGGAGAUACAGCAGAGGCAGAGGUGACAGUAACCAAGAAUGGUGCAAUGGGAAAGGAAGAGGGAAUACUAAAGAAGCGUAACGCAAUGGUAGAAGGAACAGACCAUACAAAUGCGUCCAUGCAUGGAGAAAAAAAUGUAAACUGGUCGAAUGGAAGAAGCUCGAAUCGUGUGGUACGGUUUGUAACCAAUGAAGAUGGAAAGAAGUUACCACCUCAAAUGAGCACUAAAAACGCAACAAAUGGAAAUCAAAUUGUGAACAAGGAGAAAUGGUUUAGUAGUAUAGAUAUCUCUACAGCGCCAGCGAUAGGAACAAAUUCUACCACAUCGAUUUCUAUGUUAAAUGGCACAUCUAAGUUGACCUCGAUAAGAUACAACUCUGAACAAUUGGACAGAAGCAUAGAAGCAGAUAUGCUUUCUCAAAAGAACAAAAUCCAAAAAAGGAAAGAGUUAAUAUUUUGUUUCUCAUUUAUAAAAUACAAUUCCUGGGUGAAGGCGCUCAAAAUAUUGAAGCUACCGUUGGAUCCCUUCCACCUAAGUAUAAACGCGCAUAAGUAUGUAAGAGACGGAGGGGAGGACCAGCUGGGUCAGGAUCACAACCAGGGAGAAAUGACAUACCCUCCGAACUCAGCCUCACACGAAGCAGAUGCAACGGUAGGCGGUACAAGUAACACCACACUGAUUAAUAGUACACUGCAUAACGGGGUAAGCGAAAAGGUUAGCGGUGCACCAUCUUUCCUGUACACCCACAAUAUCCACAACAUUUUGAAAAACAAACGGUUCGCAAAUUACAGGAUUGAGAAAAUGAUGGUGAUAGUGAAAAGCAUAAGGUGCAGAAGCCACGGGUACUUCAUUGUAGUCAUGGAUCCCUCAGGCCAAAUGCCAGCUUCUAUACAUAAGGAGGUCGAGAAGGAAUACAAGAAAUACAUAAACAUUGGUUCCACACUAAUCCUAAAAGACGUUACAGUGUUCGAAACGUUAGACAAUUUCCCCUACCUGAUAAUAACACUCCGAAGCCUCGUUCGGGUUAUCAGGGCGGAGGAAACGAGUUACGCCGAGAAGGAAGACAUCCUCAAGAGCAUUUACGGGAGCAUGUGGUCCAAAUUGUGA